CCAGACUGCUAAUUCUUUCAAUUCAUCCGAAAGACCUGACCGUACUGCCCGAUUAUACCCUUCCCUGUGUGGUUCUUACCACCUUCUUUCUCUCUCUUUCUGCACUGCUUUCCACACACCCUCUAACCUUUCCCUUUUCCUCACUCCACCACCUUCACCUGCUCGGCUCUUCACCGUCGCUGGCUCUCUCUCUCUCUCUCUCUCUCUGUAUGCUGCCGUUCUCGGGGUCUUCUCGUUGGUAGAGGUGGUGUAGUUUGAUAUGGACGAAGGAGCCAAGGGUUAGCGGUGUGGAGUUUUGUUCCGGGCCCUGGCAGCUGAACCAGUCCCUGCCUAUUGGUCCUUCCCUCCCGCCCUCUCCGGGCACACCUCUCUCUCUUUCCCUCUCUGAUUUACUGACUCUCUGAAAAGGGUGGUGACUGUGACUGUGACCAUUCUCCUUCUGCUGCUUGUACGUCUGCUUCUUUUUCUUCCUCCUCGGUUGGUACCUGAUUGGGAAGAAAAAAAAGGAAGGGAAAGGUGAAGUGAGGGUUGUGGUCUGGAGACCAAAAAGGGGAUGGUCUCCUCAUCCUUCUAUGGAGAAAUUUUAGGGUUUUCUGCUGUUUCUUCUUGUUCUUGUUCUUGUUCUUCGGUUUGUGACUGGACUAAUUUUCUUCUUUCCUGUUCCGUCUUCCUGGGUAUUAGUGGAGAAUUUGUGUUGAAAGAAUUGCUCUCUCUCGAUUUUUGUUGUUUUGCUGUGCAGAUUCAAAGUUGAGUUUUGGGGUGAAUUUGUAGAGUCAAGUGCAUAGGGUGUAACCCUUCCACCUUUUCUGAAACUGUCCUGGAGCUCUGUUUCUCCUUUUUAGGGGAUUAGGUGUUAGUCAGAUUUUCCAUUUUUUCUGUAAAGCAUAUUUGAUUUAGCUUAUUCACGUCUUUAGAGAUUCUUCAUUAGUGGUUCUUGCUCGCUAUUUGGUGCUUCUGUCGGGGGCCUCUCUAAGAUGGUGGUGUUACUGGCGUCGUUUUAGCACUAGGAUUGUGGAACAGAUGGGCCUGGGGCCUGGAACAGUGCAGGUGGAGGCAUGGGAGGAGGUGGGGAAAUCCAAAGGAAGGAAAAAGAAGGGUGGUCUGGAGGAUUUUGGAUGCUGGAGCUUUAAAAUUAGGCUCAUGGGUGGUUGCAUAUCUUCAAGAUCUAAAGUCGAUAACUCUUUAAGCAGCAGCGGCACCCAUUGUGCGACAAAUGAUGGGAGUAGAGAUCAACCUAAUGUACCUGCUAUCUCCUCCACGAGCACCAGUAAUCCGGAAAGCAAUCCAUCAACACCAAAAGUCAGUGAGGAUCUUAAGGUUGCCUCACAGCUAAGGAAAUUCACCUUUAUCGAUCUCAGAACUGCAACAAGGAACUUUAGACCAGAGAGUUUACUAGGUGAAGGGGGGUUCGGUUGUGUCUUCAAAGGUUGGAUCGAAGAGAAUGGAACUGCACCUGUGAAGCCGGGGACAGGUCUUACGGUUGCUGUUAAGACACUCAACCAUGAUGGGCUUCAAGGGCAUAAAGAGUGGCUGGCUGAGGUUAACUUUCUAGGUGAUCUGCUUCAUCCAAAUUUGGUUAAACUAAUUGGCUACUGCAUAGAAGAUGAUCAACGAUUACUUGUUUAUGAAUUCAUGCCUAGAGGAAGCCUGGAAAACCAUCUUUUCAGAAAAGGAUCUCUGCCACUCCCUUGGUCUAUCAGAAUGAAAAUUGCCCUUGGAGCUGCGAAGGGCCUUGCUUUUCUUCAUGAAGAAGCUGAAAGGCCCGUGAUCUACCGGGAUUUCAAAACAUCUAAUGUCCUGUUAGAUGCGGAAUACAACGCCAAGUUAUCUGAUUUUGGGUUAGCUAAGGAUGGUCCUGAAGGAGAUAAGACCCAUGUGUCUACCAGGGUAAUGGGAACUUAUGGUUAUGCAGCGCCUGAGUAUGUAAUGACUGGGCAUUUAACAUCGAAGAGCGAUGUCUAUAGCUUUGGGGUCGUUCUUCUUGAGAUGCUGACUGGCAGGCGAUCCAUGGACAAGAACCGUCCCAAUGGUGAACACAACUUGGUGGAGUGGGCUCGACCGCAUCUUGGGGAGAGGCGUUGUUUCUACCGGCUAAUAGAUCCCCGGCUGGAAGGCCACUUCUCCAUCAAAGGUGCGCAGAAAGCUGCUCAGCUGGCUGCCCGCUGCCUUAGUCGAGACCCCAAGGUGAGGCCAUUGAUGAGUGAAGUCGUUGAAGCCCUCAAACCCCUUAUAAACCUCAAGGACAUGGCUUGUUCCUCCUACAACUUCCAAGCAUUCCAGGCCGAGCGCCGCAGCGCCAGUUUUAGCGCCAGGAGUUCAAGAGCUUCUCAGCCACAAGGUUUAAGGAACAGACCGGCGAGGACACUAUCACAUGGCGCCCAUGAUUCCCCAUACAUGUUAUCACCAAAGCCAAACAGCAAACAAUAGCUUACGGACCCUUACCCUGUUGUCUCCUUCCUCUCUUGUUACCAUUAUGAAAUUCAUGUCUGUGUUACUGUGCUCUGUAUUCCAUGCCGUCAUUCUUCUGUUAGGCAGCGAGGAGGAGAACACUGUUUUCUUUGGGUUGCAACAUGUCGACAGAAGAAGAGCAUGAGGACAGUGAGGGAGCCAUGGCCUUCCUCACGGGUAUGUUAAGAAGGCUGUUACUGUUGUGACUAUGUUUAUGCUUUGAAAAUGAGUUAAUUCA